ACACAUAUAUGUCGUCCCUACCGGCGAGAUACCAGGAGCCCAGGCCGUCGUCGUCAUGGCUCAGCCGGCGGGCGGCCGCGCCGAUGCCACGGAGGCGCCGCUCCUCCCCUCGCCGGCAGCAGGCGCCGCGCCGCGCCGGAACGGGUUCGCGUUCCUCUGCGCCACGCUCGCCUCCAUGACCACCAUGCUCCAUGGCUACAAUCAGACGCUGAUGAGCGGCGCGCAGCUGUUCAUGCGGGAGGACGUGGGCCUCAGCGACGCCGAGGUCGAGGUGCUGGCGGGGUCCAUGAACGUGUUCAUGCUCGCGUCCAUCCUCGGCGCCGGGUGGGUCGCCGACCGGCUGGGCCGCCGGCGCACCCUCGUGCUCGCCAACGCCUUCCUCAUGGCCGGCGCGCUCGCCAUGUCGCUGGGCAGCACCUACCCCGCGCUCAUGGCGGCGCGGUUCGUCACCAGCCUCGGCGCCGGGUUCGCCCGCGUCGUCGCGCCGGUCUACAACGCCGAGAUCUCGCCGGCGUCCACGCGCGGCGUCCUGUCGUCGCUGGUCGACAUUUUUAUCAACGUCGGCAUACUGCUCAGCUACGUGUCGAACUACGCCUUCGCCGGCCUGCCGGUGCACCUCGGGUGGCGCGUCAUGUUCGCAAUGGGCGUGAUUCCGCCGGUGUUCAUCGCCGCCGGCGUGUUCUUCAUGCCGGAGUCGCCGCGGUGGCUGGCGAUGCGGGGGCGCCACGGCGACGCGCGCGCGGUGCUCGUGCGCACCUCGGACACCCCAGCCGAGGCGGACCUCCGGCUCGCGGAGAUCAAGCAAGCCGUCGCUGACGCUGAGGCUCCGCAGCAGGCUGUCAGCCACGGCGGCGGCGUCUGGACGGAGCUCCUCCGGCCGUCGCCGAGCGUGCGGCGGAUCCUCACGUGCGUCCUCGGGCUGCAGUUUUUCGUGCAGGCGUCCGGCGUCGACGCCAUCCUCCUCUACAGCCCGCUGGUGUUCAAGGCGGUCGGCGUGGCGUCGAACAGCGCCGCCAUCGGCGCCACCGUGGCCAUCGGGGCGGUCAAGACGUGCUUCAUCCUGGUGGGCAUGCUCCUCACCGACCGCGUCGGCCGGCGCCCGCUCCUCCUCGCCAGCACCGCGGGCGUCGCGGUGACCACGGCCUCCCUCGCCCUGACGCUCCGCCUAGCCGCCGCAGCCGGCGGCGGCGGCGCGGCCUCGGCGGCGGCGUGCCUCGCGUCGGUGCUGGCCGUCGUGGCCACGUACUCGGUCGGGUACGGGUCGGUGGUGAACACGUACAGCGCCGAGAUCCUGCCGCUGCGGCUGCGCGCGCAGGGCUCGGGCCUCGGCGUGGCGGUGAACCGGCUCACCUGCGGGGUGGUGGGCAUGACGUUCAUCUCGCUCGCCGGCGGGAUCUCCAUGGCCGGGUGCUUCUUCCUGUACGCCGGCGUGACGACGGCGGCGUUCGUGUUCGUGUACGCGCGGCUGCCGGAGACGAGGGGCCGGAGCCUGGAGGACAUGGGCGUGCUCUUCGACAAGUGAGAGGAGGGCACACACACUUAAAAAUUCACUCUUUCAGUUUGCCUGCUAGAUUAUCGAUAGUUACAUGUUCCCCUUUCCAAUAAAUCCACUUGUCGCGCACCGAUGUGCUGCCCACUUGCAAGGGCACCGAUGUGCUGCAAACCGACUGCAGCAACGCCUGACCGUGGGCAAAGACGACUGCUGCUGUGUGGCGGCUUGUCCGCAAUUGUCGAUGGCAAGCGGAGAUACGGCUUGCCAUGAAAAGCGACAAUGGUGACUACACUGGGUAGGCGACUUCAUAUUAUAUUAAUUUUUAGGGAUUAGCACUCCCUCCAUGUAUAAAAAUUUUGCUAUGUAUGUACUAGAAAUGCUAAAAUAACUAAUAAUUUGGUACGGAGGGAGUACUUAGGCCUUUGCCAAGUAGCCUUGCGUUUCUCUU